GAAAAUAAUCAAGUCAAUUCAAAUAAAAAAAAGAUUUUCUGUCAUUUUAAACGCGACAAUUUCAUAAUUUAUCUUAUUUAAUCAUUUGUUAAAUAAAACUAUAGAAGGACGAGUAUUUUAACAAAUAUGGCUAAUUCAGGGAAAGGUACCUUCCAACCGGAUUCAGACGUUCACAUUUCCUUUGAAGAUCAACAGAAAAUCAACAAAUUUGCUCGCCUUAACGCAAAGGUUGACGAUUUCAAAGACGAACUCAAAGUAAAACAAAAUGACAUGAAAAAUCUAGAAGAAGCAGUUGAUGAACUAGAAUUAGUUGAUGACGAUGAGUCUGUGAAAAUUCCAUAUUUAAUUGGAGAAGUGUUUAUUUGUCAAAACUUACAAAAUACCUUAAAAUCCUUAGAAGAUGCCAAAUCAAAAAAGAAAAUUGAAAUAAGUGAAUUGGAAGGUAAAUGUGAGGAACUUAAAUCUCAAAUGAGUGAACUAAAAGCACAUCUAUAUGGAAAGUUUGGAAGUCACAUUAAUUUGGAAAAGGAAGAUGAUUGAAAAGCUAAUUUAAUAUGAAGCUAUAAAUAACCGAUAUAAUAAAACUGAAAUACAUUUUUAACAAACAAUGGGUAUUUUUAUAAUAAUUUAGAAUGCAGAUUACAUAUAGAAAACUAUAAAGAUCUGAAUUUUUGUUCAAACCUUUGAUCUGAAUUUAAUAAGCGAACUUGUGGUGCACUUUAUUUGAUAAAUUAAACAGUUUUCCGGGAAUUGAACUAACUAAAAAUACAUGGUGUCAUAGUCUGUGGCUUUGCUUCGGUGCAAUAAUGUGCUCUUCUCGCUUAAUAGUCUGGACCCCUUAUCCAUACAUAUGUACAUAAAAUCACGUCUAUAUCCAUUCUUCUGUUUGACUUUUGAUGAAAUUGAGAAUCAGUGACAGGUUGCUAGCCCAUCGCCUACAAGAGGAAGUUUAUUUCCUAUCCCUUAGUCACCUUUUACGACAUCCAUGUGAAAGAUAUGGAGUGGUCUUGUUCUAAAGUGCCACGAACCACAUGGCACCCGGUUCUUCACAAACAUCAAAUGGCAAUAUGCCUUUAUCUUCUUGCCACUCCAGCCCCCGUAGCAUGGCACGCGCAAAGCAGUUUUUAUCGCGCGAUAAACUAUUGCUGUCCCUUUUCACGUCAUAAUAAAAGCGAAACAAUAAAAGACAUUGCCUUCCAUCCAACGUUCGCGAUUAAGGAGGUAAAACCGUGUGGUGUUGCCGAUCCAUACAGUAUCCAUAAUAUAUAUCGAUAGGUCAGUUACCAAAAAUACUAUUCACACUUUUAAUGAUACACAUACAAACAAUACCUACUAUCGAUAGUAUUGAAGCUUAUUGGAUACACCAUCUAUAGUAGUUUCAAUAUUCCUCAAUAUUAUUUAUUGGUACUAUUUUAUCAAAGUGAGUUAAGGAUGAUUUCAAAGGCCAACUAUCGAUAGUUCUGCAAUACUAGCUGUGGUAUACACUAAUACCGAAUAUCCUACUAAUAUUAUAAAUGCGAAAGUUUGUGAGUAUGUCAGGAUGAUGUUUGUUACUCUUUCACGCAAAAACUACUGAACGUAUGUAGGUAGCUGAAGACCCAGACUAACAUAUAGGCUACUUUAAAUCCUGGAGUUCCCGCGGGAUUGAUUCCACGCGUACGAAGUCGCGGGCGGCCUCUAGUAUGUAAUAAUAUUCUAAUAACUCUGGAAUAUAGAGCUUUACGAACUCAGAACACUGAAUCAGCGUCAUCGCAGCCGCCCCAUCCUAUCCAGGUCUCCUAUAGGGGAAUUUCAGGUACUCUUAUAUGUGCUUUACCACCACUAACGAAGAAUAUAUCACAAUUAAACAUAUACAAAAAGAAAUCUCAUGGCAGAGCAACAAUUGGUUAAUGUUUGGGGUUUUAAAAAAAUUCAAUUCCCAGCUGCCUCCAAUGGUAUGUACCUACCUAAUAUGAAUAUAUUGGUGACAAUGUGUAUAAGUGUAUAAACCAAUAAAAAACAAACAACUUUCAUUUAUUACAUGUUUAUUGCAUACAUAAUACUCCAUAUUUUGUACAAUAUUUUUAUAUGUAAGAUUACAUCGGUCUCCUCCCCAGCGACUAUUGUACUUAUUAUGUGGUAGGUAUAUAAAUUAAACAUAUUAUGUAAUACUUCAAUAUUCUAAAUUGACUACUCUUACCUGGUCUAGUAAUCCUUAUCAUCACAAGAAUUUAACAGCAAUUUAAUUAAAAAUAAAAAAUAAAAUCUAAUAAAUUAAUUUCUUCAAAUACGUUGUGACAUGUUGAAAUACUACAACUUGUAUUAACGGACUUGUAGAAGGCAAUUUUAUUUAUCUUAGGUCAGUUUGUUUCAAAUGGGUUUCGUAUUAUGUGACGUCGUGCCGCCGCGGUCUCCCCUGCGUCCCACUUCGCCGCCCUGACCUUCUCUUCUGGACUACUUCAGCGCUCACUAAGUAGCUUGCUAUUCUCAGGCAGCUUCUUGCUGGAUAUCGUAUCUUAAGCUAAACC